GAUAUUACCAUGAAGUACGAUCAUAUAUAAACCCUAUUGGUGUUCGUCAAAAGUAUCAGUCGUCUUCGAUCGAGCUCUACAGAACUAUACAGUAGUACACACAACAGACUUACAAAUCAUCAAAAAUGGCAUACAAGAUGUUCUCCACCGGUCUAGUGGUACUCGCUUUCAUUGGUAUGACCUUGUGUCAACAACAAUUUAAUCAAUUAACCGCCGGUUUGCCGACACAAUACCUGCCGUCUUCCCUGUCACAAGAGUCGUUCCAAGGACCUUUGAUGACUGUCCAACAGGCACGUGCAAAAUAUGAGGACAUCGAAAAUCAAUCUGACAAACUAUCGGCUCCAAUCAUGUCAGUCCCUCAACAAUCACAGUCUUACCAAAAUGCUGAACUACAACAGAAUUUAGCUCAAUCAUAUCAGACACCUUUCGAAAACGCCGGAGCGCAGUACUCGAUUGCCACACCAAACUCCUACCACAGCAACCACGGUAGCCAGCGGUACUACAUGCCCGCCAACCAACAGUUAGCCGAACCUCAAUACAACACCAAGGAAUUGUAUUCGACCGCCUUACCAGCAGCCAUCCCUGCCGCCAUCCCGGAACAGGUUCAACCAGAAUACAAACAACAGUUCGCCGCCCCAACUGAAAAUCAACGAGACAUCUCUGCCGCCAACGCUGCUUAUGCUUAUCAACAACAGUUCUCCUCCCUAGCACAAGCUCAAGCAGAAUAUAAACAACAAUUUGCUGCCCUUGAACAGGCUCAACUCGAGUACAAACAACAAUUCGCUGAACUUACCCAAGCUCAACAAGAACUUAAACAACAGUUAGCUGCACCAGCUCAAGCUCAGCAACAAUUGAAAGAACAGUUCGCCGUGCUUGCACAAGCCCAACAAGAGUAUAAGCAACAGUUUUCCGCUCUUAACCAAGCUCAAAAAGAAUACAAAGAACAGUUCGCCGCUCUUAACGAGUCUCAACAAGAACUUAAACAACAGUUCGCCGCCCCAUCUCAGGCUCAACAAGAGUACAAACAACAGUUCGCCGACCUUGCACAGGCUCAAUUGGAGUUCAAACAACAGUUCGCCGGACUUAUCCAGGCUCAACAAGAACUUAAACAGCAGUUGUUAGCCACCCCAGUUCAAGCCCCACAAGAAUACAAACAGCGGUACAACUUCCCGGGUCAGCAAGUGCAAAGACAACAGUACGUCGUAGCAGAUCAAGGCCGACAAAACUACAGACAACGAAUUGUCGUACCAACACCCGCAUACCAAUACGUCCAAAAAUCAACCGCCGCCACUGCCGCCAGUCCAGUCUCGUACGUCGCCCAAUACCCGGCCGCCCAAAUCAAAGCCCAAACAGCCACAGCUGUCAACCCGAAAGUCCAGUACGCCGCCAUUCCACAACAGUACUACUACACCGUUCCCGUCGGACAGGUCGCCGUCACCGAACAGCCACGCGUCCAACAGACAACUGCCAACCAAAUGUCGUCCGGAGUGAUCGUAUCCACCACACCAACCCCGUCGGUCGUCUACAAGUCUGAAUCAACGCCGACAACGCAACCACAACAACAACUCAGAGUUGCACGCAACAACCGCAGAAAUAUCGUCGCAUAAAAGUCACACGUGACAAUGCAAUAAUUUACAUAACGGUUUAUUACAUAUUAUUUAUUAUUAUUAUUAUUAUUAUUAUUAUUAUAUUAUUUCAGUACGUAUUUAGGGUAGGUAUUUAUUUUCGGGAAUAUUGCCGCACACUUCAGCUGGCUGGUUUUUACUUUGCAGU